AUGUUGCAUAGUCCUGAUGGCAAUGCUCGGAGCUCCCCCAAAGCAUUACUCUAUCGUUAUACGUUGACAAUGACUCCUGAAGCCAUCUUCCACGAAAGUAAUGUUCAAGUUGCUAUCAAAACAAAGAGACGCAACGCCGUAACCCGAAUGGCUAAAUUAGCAUUUAAUGGUCGCUUGGGGCUCUAG